CUUCGGGCCGUCCCUCAGACGCAACUUGGACAACAAACUGAAAGCGGUGUGCUCUCAUUGCUUCUCCACUUUACCUAUUUCACAGGUAUUGUCAAGCUUGGAUCGCAGAGUUGCAUGAGAGACACAAAGAUGAUGUGGACACUGUUGACUGCUCUGACAUUUCUGCUGCUGAGUGAUGUCUGCUCAGAUUCUGCUUCUAUGGCUUCUCCUGUCAAAAACCUGGAAAACAUCACAGAGGUGCCAGAAGCUGAAGCAGAAGAGUUGUCUGUUAUUUCAGUUCUUAAAGAAGUCGCUUCCCCACCGGAUCUCAAUUCCAGCUUCAUGUUGCAGAACACAUCACCUCAGCGGAGGUCACUUGAUUCAACUUCAGUCUUUGGCAGCACCAUUAACCUGCAGUGGGUCCCCUUCACAGGUUUUGUUCCCAAAUACAGGGUAUCCAUCUGGAAUAGUUAUGAAUCACGCACAGACUAUGUCUGUAAAGUCAAAUGUGAACCUGGAUUCUACAACCCGAGUAAAGGUUCAAGAUGUUAUUAUGCUUAUGGUGGAAAAGAGUAUUAUUCAUAUUCAUUUGACUUUUUGGUAAACUGGGACAAUUUUGAGCUUUUAGAGUGGGUGCCAGGAUCAUAUGGCUCAUAUCCAGCAUUAGCGGUCAAGGUCUGUGAAGGUUACGACGUCCUCGUUGGUAAAAACAAGUAUGGCUUAGGUAAGGUGGUCCCAAAGCAAAGCAGCUUUUACUUGCCAUGGGAGGGUUAUCAGUAUGCUUACUAUUAUUACGAUGUCCUCUCCAUCAACAAAGGAUCUUACAGUCAGGAGGUCACUAAUGUCAUGUAUGAUACUAAUAAGGCAAAAGUCCUUGAACUGCCUUUUGAAAUGCUGAAGAUGUCGUCAUUGGACAACUAUGAGUGCCAGAGCGUAAAGAGAACUGUAACUUUAAAGGGAACAUCAUUGAAUAAGUAUGAAUGCCUGAGCAUAAACAACAUUUUCACCCAUGACUUAACUACGGAUGAGAACCACUGGGAUAUCCAGCGUUCAAAAAUGUAUGGAAAAUCCAUUAUUUUCUCUGCUGGAAUCCCUGAAUUCCACUCUGGGUCUGUCAGUGUCUCCAUUGAGACACAGUUCAGGACUACCUUGGGCAAGCCAUUAAACAUAUCUGACCACUACAAAGUGUCUGUUGAAAUGAUUGUAGAUCCUAGUCACUCCUGCAAAGUCAAAAUUCUAGAAAAGAAGGUGACCGCCAGUAUCCCUUUCACCGCCAGGCUGAGUCGCUUUUACUCGAGUGGCAAUAGAGCAAGUACCAGCAUUGUCGGCCAAUAUCAUGGAAUGCAGGCUGAGAAUCUAAAAGCUGUGGUUGAGAAAUGCGAGCAAAUCCCCAAUGCUCAACCCUGUCCAUCUGAGGGAUCUGGAUAGGAAGUAUCACAGUGACAUUGUGGCAUCCCUUAAUUGGUGCACUUGCAUUCACAUGUAGCCUUGUAAACUUCUUAAUGUAAAUGAGCGUAAAUGAAUUGUCUGCACUGAACUGCUGUCUGUCUGUUCUUCCAAUUAA